CGCGGCCGCCCCGCCAUGUCGCUCCGCCGCGCCCUGGCGCUCGCCGCCUGCGGGCUGGCGGGCGGCUCCGUCCUGCUCUCCGCCGUCGUCGUGGGCAAGCAGCCGGCCCGCGGCGGCGAGGGCGAGCCGCGCCCGCCGGGCUCCGCCGUGCCCGCCGCCUCCGCCGCGCCGCCCGGCUUGCUGCUGCUGCCGCCCGCCGCCUCCUGCCCGCCGGCCGCCGGCUGGAUCGAGAGACCCGCCGGCAGCGGCGGCUACUGGGACAGCAACUGGGACAGACGUGAACCACUGGCUCUUAUCAACCUCAAAAAGAAAAAUGACGAAACUGGGGAAGAAGAACUUUCCUCUCGCUUGGAUCACUGCAAAGCCAAAGCCACCAGGCACAUAUUCCUUAUCCGUCAUUCCCAGUAUAACUUGGAUGGCCGGGCUGACAAGGACAGAACUCUGACCCCACUCGGUCGAGAGCAGGCUGAGCUGACUGGACACAGGCUGGCAAGCUUGGGAUUAAAAUUUGAUCAGAUUAUCCACUCCUCCAUGACUAGAGCAACUGAAACAACUGAAAUUAUAAGCAAACAUCUCCCAGGAGUCAAAAAAAUUAGUACUGAUCUGCUGAGAGAGGGAGCCCCUAUAGAACCAGACCCUCCAGUCUCCCACUGGAAACCAGAAGCUGUGUAUUACGAAGAUGGAGCUCGAAUUGAGGCAGCUUUUCGGAACUUCAUCCAUAGAGCUGAUGCCAAGCAGGAGGAGGACAGCUACGAGAUCUUCGUGUGCCACGCCAACGUCAUCCGCUACAUCGUCUGCAGGGCACUGCAGUUCCCCCCGGAAGGCUGGCUGAGACUGUCCCUCAACAACGGCAGCAUCACUCACCUGGUGAUCCGUCCCAACGGGAGGGUGGCCCUGCGGACACUGGGGGACACGGGCUUCAUGCCCCCAGACAAGAUCACUCGCACCUGAAGGAGCAGACAGGAUGGCUGUCCAGGAGCUGCCUCAGCCUCUUUGCACUAGCACGUUCUGCCACAGUACCACUAGAGUUUUUGUUACCUUGGGGUGUGAUGCUGUCUUAAAAUGUCCUUUAGCCCCUUGCCUCCUUCAUAUUCAUAUCUGCCUUUCAGUCCAGAAAAGAAGAAACUUUUGUAAGCCUGAAGCUGUCCAGUCCUUAAGUAUUCCCCAGAACUCAAAGCUGAGCUGUGGAAUACUGAGAUUGAAUGUCUGCUCAGCGGUUGCAAGAGCACUGACUUUUUCCCCACCCUGCCGUGAAUUUCUCUAACCAAAGCUUGCUCCUGUGGAUAUUUUUCUUGUGCAGGAAAGUGAUUGGUGUGGGAACAGCCUCUUAUAUCACUGCAGCUAAAACAAAAGACAAGCCAGCUUGUUACAGCUCCUGCAGAAGAAGUGACAAACAGGGUAUUCUGCUGUUCAAAGGACAAAGGGAUAAAGCUUCAGUUUUGUAAGCUCUUAAGUGUGUAUAUUUAUGUUGUGUCAUUGUUCUCCUCUGCCCCCAAAAAGCCCAUGUAAACUGUGCCUGGAGGUUAUGAGCAUAAAGCAAAGAGGGUAAAAACCCCAUUUGCCUCAGAGCUGUGGUGCUAGAAUUAACUGCUGCUUAUAUUAAGUGUCCUGCCAUCCUCAGGAUGUCCUUUAAGGUAUUCUGAAUAACGUUUUUCAGUUUUGUAAAGCCUUUAACUAAAACAUGGUCUGGAGAAGGCUGUAGAGGUGAGUCUGGAGCAGUAAGAUGGAAUGCAGCAAUGUUCUGAAAGUGCUUUCAGUUGCUGAGUGCUCUCUCCCAUUGAUUUGUGUUUUUGAUACCUUACUUUGACAGCAGAGAAAUGGCACCCCUGAGUUGCAGGAGCGGUGCUGCAGGUCAGAGGCUCUGCAGUGCUGCUGUUGCUGCAGGGGUGCACAGGUGUCCCUGGGAUGGCAUUUCUAGGCUGAUGUGUGGGACAGGCCUGAGGCAGAAUGCUCCAAGUGCCUCCUUCCUACAGCUCUGACACUGCUGAGGGGAGGGCUCAGCACCAUUCCAGCUCUUUGCUGGGCACCUGAACCCCUGGAGGAACUUGGCUCAGUUAAAAGCUGCAGUCUUGCAAAAUGUCACUGUAUGCACAGUCUGCCUUGGGGACAGCAAACACAACUUGUCUCACAGGUUCUCUUAUCAAUAAGGAUGUUGGUUAGAGCCUGAACUCACUCCUGUCAGAGCUGUAUGAAGCAUAAUCGGGGCACACAACCUCUGGAGAUGGGGUUUGGGGCUUGUUUGAUCCCACACUGCUACAGCAGGACGAGUUUGGGGAACUGGGGCCAGGAGGGAACAAACCACGAUCGCUGUGUAGCGCAGGGGGUGGGGGCAAGAAGAAACCAUCAUGAUGUCUCUCUCAUUGAUGCAAUGAGAAUAAUUUAUCAGUUUUUGUCUAUUAACUUUUUAAAAGUUUUGAAUAAAAUACUUGGUCUGUCUUUC